CUUGGGCCUGUGCAAGGAACGUAUCUGUAAUAUGUCCAUAGAAGGACUGCAAUGCAUUCUUACGGUGAAUCGAGUGAACCAUUUGCAGGUAGCGAUGUAUACCUGCCACAGGGUUGACAAUGCUUGACAACCUUGUGUACGAGCAAUUAUCUGUGUUAUUGUUUAAUGAUUAUCGAAUAUCCGCUUUCUUGCUUUGAAGACCCUCCACCAUCUUCAACGAAACGUAUGGGCGAAGAAUGUUCGUUAUAAUAGUGAAGGCCUCAGGAAUGGACAAAUAGUGUUUGAUUCAGGACUUUGCCUAAGUAAAUUGGCAACUACUGGGUCUCACUUCAAAUGUCAAACCUUGAUAUGCUUAUUUAGUUGACAUCUGGUUGACAUAUUUGUCAAAAAUUGGAACUGUGCUUGUGCGUGAAACUCGAUAAAGAUAAUUUGUGGUAGACUUUUCAUUUUUUUGUUUGCUAAGUGACUGACACACUAUUCUUGGAAGAGAAUACAAGAGCAUAAUAUUAUGUGAACAUAAGUUUACACACGAAUUAUCUCGGAACAAAAAAUAAUUAGUCACAGUAUAUUAAGGUCUAGUCCACUUAAUUUCCCCAAACUUGUUGGGAAAUGAGUUAUAUGACUUUGUUUGAAUGGCAUUGAUCUGUUCGGUCGAUUAUGGAUUUUCCAACCUUCUCUGUCAAUUGAUCGAAUAAUUAAUUUUAUUUACCGCUCAACCCCAAAGUGGCAAAGUAAAGGGGCUUUGUGGCAUUGUUUAUUCCCGAAUUGUUGUCUUCUGGGAUCAUAAUGAGUAUUGUCGGUAAUAUUUCUCAUAAAAAAUCGGGAAAUGUUGGAAAUGUAGCUGUAAGACAAGCGAAAACGCGAAAAGACAGUAUUUUAGAUGCAGAACCUCUAACAGAAGAGCAGUUACUCAAGAAAGGAAGUGUGUCUCCUGAUGAUGUUUUAAGACUACCACACAUUACUGAAAACUAUUUGUGUUCACCAGAAGCCAAUGUUUACGACAUCGACUUUACUCGCUUCAAGAUCCGUGAUCUUGAAACCGGCACCAUUCUCUUCGAAAUAGCUAAACCACCACCAGCUGAUACAGAAGACAAUGAACCGGACCCAGAACAAGAAGAAUCAGAUCCAAAUGCUGGUCGUUUUGUGAGAUAUCAGUUCACACCACAAUUUCUUAAGUUAAAAACUGUGGGUGCUACAGUUGAAUUUACUGUGGGAAACAAGGCUGUCAGCAAAUUCCGCAUGAUUGAGCGACACUUUUUUAGGGAUAAACUAUUGAAAAGCUUUGAUUUUGAAUUUGGCUUCUGCAUUCCAAACAGCAAGAAUACGUGUGAGCAUAUUUAUGAAUUUCCAACACUAGCACCUGAUCUUGUGAAGGAGAUGAUUUUGCAUCCAUUUGAAACCCGCUCAGACAGCUUCUAUUUUGUGGAUGAUCGCCUCAUUAUGCACAACAAAGCUGAUUAUGCAUAUGAUGGAGGAUUACAACAGUAAAUCUGUGUUGUUACAGUUUCUCCCCAACUGAAGCUGUGAUCAUUCUGAAAACUAAAAACAAACAAAAGAAAACAACAACAUAAAACAACUCACUCUUCAAAACUUCAUUCUCAUAAUUUGUACAUAAGUAUAAAUCUAUAAAUAUAUAUAUAUUUGUACCAUUUUUAUUUCAAACUUUUUUUAACACUGCACUUGUUUCUUAAAAAAUGACACCCUUUUUACUUUAGAAAGUACUUUUUUCUUGCUUUAUUGUGAUAAUAGUGAAAUAUAUUACAAGUAAAAUUUGAACUUAUAGUAUAGUACUCAUCUAUACGGUGAUAAAAAUUGGUAACAUACUGAAUGGAUCUUUCUAUGAUUUAUUUUGUGCAAGUAUUUUAUUGUUCACAAAUUGGUUCUAGGAGCAGAGGUAAACAAUGACUAAUAAUAACAACUAAUUCUUUGUCAGAUAAAGGUAAACAAAGAAAAAACAACAACACAGAUAACAGUAACUGGCAAAAUCAAUUAAUACAUCUAGAAUCAACUUGCAAUGAAAAAUCUUUGGAAACUGAAGAUUUAUUAAAUCUCACUUCAUCAUACGUCCUGAUGACAUAUUUAUUUACUAUGUUGGAGUCGAGUCUACUCUUAAUACAGAACAUGUUGCUAUGAAUUUUAUGCAAUGGCCAGCUUAGAUACUAAUACUUUCUAGGAAACUUAUUUUUUGACCAAUUCUGACGUUUACAUGUUCUUCAGCAGCAUGUUCAACAUAUAAGUCUACUUUAGCAAGGCUGUGAUAGUUAUUAUAUAUCAUUGUUCCACAAGAAGUUAUUCACAAAUGCAAUUACACCUCUGUAAUGACUUCAUUGGUGAAUGUAGAGGAAGUAAUCACUGUGAUGUGUAUAAAAAAGGUACUUGCCUGACCCUUAUUCAUCUCUCAUCCCUUAGUUCAGGAUAAAAUUCAGAAGUUUCUGUUUCCUUUCUGCGUAUAUUAUCAAAGUAGAAAGUACACAACUUGAUUUUUAAACGGAAAGGUUUUUUGAAAGCAAUUUUUCUUAAAGUAUGUUGAGGGACCAUAAAAGUAAUAUUUCAUUAUUUUGUGCUGAAAGGAAAUUAUAGUUAGCUUUCAAUAUUCACCUUUGGUAUGGCAUUUUAAUUCCAAACAUUUCUAUGCCAUCAUAAUGCAAGGAAUUCAUGUUUUUCUGGUGGCGAAUGCUGGGGGAGGAAAGGGGGGGAUCUCUCUCAGUUCGGAGUUUGUGAUGUGAUUUGGUCAAUGUUUACCUCUACAGUGUAACAAAUGUGAUAAUGAAAGAAUCAACACGUACAAUAUUGUACUUCUAUAAAAUACAGUCAUAAUUAUGUGUAUGAACUUAGCACAAUCUGUUACACACUCUCAUUACAGUAUACAUUAGUCUGUGAUCAUCCUUCUUGCCCUAUUGAGUGAUUUAGCAGAUGUUUAAAUAUCUUUGGCAAUGAUCAAUUAAUUGAGUUAACUUUUAUGAAAGGAUUUAUGAAAUAGAAUAUGAGUAUGUCAAUGCUGAAUGAUAGCUGCAUCCUUCUAUCUCUAAGGAAUAUAAAAGCAGGCAUCUAAGAAAGACUCGGUUAAAGUAAUAUAGAACUUUAGAGGGCAUAGCACUUUAACAAUUUUAUUAGCUGAGUGAUUCCUGAUUAUUGGAAUGCUAAGAUUAACCUUGUGUGAUAUUUAGUUUGUAAGAUCAAUCUCAAACAAGUAAAAUAUUUGGUUAACAUUUCCUAUGACUAGUAAAAAUAAUUAAUUAUGUAAAUAUUUCAAAUUCUAUUGGUAUUCGCAUUAUUAAACAAAUUUGAAACAUUCAAAAUGUACUCUUUAUUUGCACUUUCAGAAAAGAUUGUUGUUUCAUUUCUUCUGUUUUGUAACUAUUUCAUUUAGAGAUACCUUUGUGGUAAUCUAAGAAAUGCUGGAUACAUGCUAAUGACUGGUUGUCAUGAAUCUGUUGAUAAUAAAUUUCUACGUUGAAAAGACAAAGAAAAUGUGACAAAUAUACAAAGCAAGGUUGCAUGUGAUCAACUUUUAAUUGGUCAUUGUCAGUGUUUUUCAGUAGAUGUAUUGAUGUUUUUGAAAUGCAACCUAUUGAAUCGUUAUUAUAACAAAAGGAAUUGCUGAAUAACUACUGUAGUAAUUUUAGUUGUACAUACAUUUUUUCAGUUGUAAAUAUGCUGUUGAGGUGGUUUAGAUUAUAGUUUAUCCUAUUUCAAUUUGUUGUAUUAUCAUGAAACAACACGGGUUGUCCAUAAAUUACAUAAGCCUAAGCAAGUAGAGAGAGUUUCAGGCAGCAUUACUUUUAGUAGCUGCUAGUUUGGUGUUACUUAAUACUGAUAUUACUUAACUUCUUUUUUUUUAAUAUUUGCUGAAACAGUUACUUUCAUUCAGUCUUAUUUUAAAAUAUUAACAAAUUAAAUUCAAAAGUUAUGUUACAUUAACAAAUUAAGAAGUGUUGAUAAUUGUUACAAUAAAUGUUAAUAUUUUUUCAGCAAUAAUAUAUUGAUUGAAUCUGUUAGAUUAUGAACAAAAUGUUCAAAACUGAACCUUACAUGUUCUCGAAUCCAAUUGAAGGGGCAUAGUAGCUUUUGCCCAUGUAUCAUCCACAAUGGUGAGUGCCUGGCUUGUCGGAAAAUUUCUUGCCAAGUGUCCUUCCUUAAAAAUUGUCUCUGACCUUAAUGUUAGGUGCUAUCAGCAUUACCAACAAAUUCUUAUUUAAAUUAACAUAAAUUUUAGCACAAAUAAUAAUGCAAAUUGAUUUACUGCUAUAUGUUUUAUUUUACCUUAUUGUAAGGGGGAGGGUCAAAAUAAUCAGCAUUUGCAUAACAUUAUGUAAUUUAUGGUUGACCUUGCUGGACUUUUUAAAGUUAACAUUGAAAUUCACAUUUUUAUUUGCAUGUGCAAUUUGAGAAAUAUGUGUUGUUAAUUACACAAAACAAAUUGAAAAUGAAAUUCUUUGACCAAGUUUCAUAUCCCUGUCCAAGCUUGUUACAAUGUUUUCCCCUUAUAUUAAUGCAAAUUGUUUACAUAUGCAUAAGUGUAUGUAGUAUUUUACAGAAAAUAGUGAUUUUUGUGUAUCAUUUUCGUCCAUUUGUCCGUCUCAUCAGCUUGCACAGUCCAUAUGCCGUACUGUCCAGUCUCUUUGUAAUUGUGUUGCAAUGAAAAUUUGUGUUGGUUAUUUAAUGCAUACAACAUAGUACCAUGAAUUUUAUAAAAUUAUCUUAAUGAUAAAUAGUUACAUUAUUCUUAAAACAAAAAAUAUUUUUUAAUGGUGCAUGGGCAUAGGAUGAAAUUCAAAAAGUAGAAAUGGCUUACUGUUAAAGACAAUUUGGGUGUAUUUAUAAUAAUCAAACCUGCCUUUCCAGUUCCUUGAUCAGUUUAUUUAUCUAGUUCAAUAUAAAUUAACAUGACAUUUGAAUUUUAAAUCUCGUAGGCAUGAUAGAAGCAUUUAGAACUGAAAAUUUGUGACUAAACAGUUUGAAGUAAAUGAGAAAACUAUCAUGGCUAAACACGAGGGAAAAUUUUUUAACUUUUUUCUGCCUUCCAUAUUAAAAUGUAAUUGGAAGAAAUAAUCUCACAUUGGAAAUCUUGUGGACAAAAAUGAAGUCUGGUUCAAGUGAGUGCCUACUUUGUAAAAACUUAAAUAUAUCAAGAAAAUGUUUCUGCAGGUUGGAAGGAAUGUAAAGGACAUCGAGGAGGCACAACAAUUCUUGGUUCUGAUGCCCAUGUUCGGAAUUUUGUUUUCUGCUUGCUAAAUUUUUUUAAAUAUUGUUUCAGAAGGAAAUAUAUUUUCAAAGACAUAUUUUACAAGUCUGUAGCUAUUUGAAAUGAUCUUAUAUUAAUUAGCAGAAUUGAUUGUACAACACUACAUAAAAUAUGAACUAUUUUAGAUGUGUAAAAUGUGUCUUUAGAUGUUGUUGAGUGAUUAAUAUUUAAACUUAUUGCCAAAGUGGUUAAAAAGGUUUGUGUGAAAUAUUGUGUGACUGAACAUUGUUCAAAUAUCCAUAAUAUUAUUGCGAGAGUUGUCAGUAUAGACAUAUGAUGUUAUUAAUUGUAGUUCAAGUUCCUGUGGAUGGUAAUAUUCAUUUACAUGAUUGAAAUUAAUUUUUUAUUCUUCUGGUUAUGUUCCAUGACUUACUCUCAGUAAAAAAUUUUAUUUUGUAAUAAUGAAUGAUGUACAAGGCAAGUAAAGUGCAAGUGCAUUCUUGUUUGGCAUUGAUAUGAAAUAUGGAAUGGAAUAAUGAAAUGAAAUCAAUGCAAAGAAUGUUAUUUAUAAUUAUAGAUAAGUGUCGGAGUUAUUGAAUAAACUUUGUAAUUACUUUUCAAAAGCAUGUGUAUCUAAGUGUAGUGACCGAUUUGGAAACUCCUGAUUAUGAUUCAUGGCCAGCAAAUUAAAAAGUUUCUCAAGCUGGUAAUGGAAACUAAUUCUUAUUUUUGACUAUUUGGAAUUGAAUAAUACUAACACGGAAUGAUUGUACCAAUCUAUUUUCUAAUUAUAAAUGCUUCAUAUAUUUUUUAAAUUGGUUUGUUCUUAUUUCUAAAUUUGAAAUACAAGCCAAAGAGCUUUCAGAAGCAGGUAAAAAAAAACUACUUUAAUUGUCUUUCUUGACGCACAGUUAUAAUAUAAUUUGUUGUUUGUUUCAUUUAAAUGCAUUUCCAAAGUAUUAAUUUUACUUAAAUAAUGUAAUAAUUAACUUAAUGAUAUUAAUCACAAAAGGAGUUCAUCUUGUGCCUUAAUAUGGAAUUAUAUGCUAAAUUACAUCUAUUAAUAAAAGAAGAAAGAUCAAUUGUAUCGCUUUGAAUAAGCUUUUACAUUGAGUUGUGCAUAUCAUGUUUACAACUUCUAUUUCAAUUUUCAACUGACUAAAAUAUCUUAAGAGUUGCAAAUAAAUAUGAUUAUCAGAAAGAGCAAAUUUUAAAUAAGGAAAUAUCAGGUAUUCUUGAAUUUCAUUUUGAUGUCAAAUGCUUUAUGUUAUUUUUACUUACAGUCAAAGGAGAAGUUUAUUAAGUCUGUAUAGCAUUAAGUGUAUCAAAUUAAUUGAAGAAAUUAUUUGUGUUAAGAUUGUUGAACAAUAAUUGAAUAAUUUCUUACCAAAAUGAUUUAAAAAAAUAUUGUUUAAUAUUAAGAUGUAAUGGAAAUUUAUUCACUAGCACAAUAUGAUCAUUUGUGAUUCUCUUAGAAAAUGUGAAUUUAAAAUGCUGCUAAUGAAAUUGAUUGAGAUUUAUUAGUGAGAAAUUUAGAUUUCAAACUUUCAGUGAAGUCAUGUAUAAUACACUGCAUUAAAGAGCAUGAGCAAUAUUUUGAAAUUGAAAUUCUGUAAACAACUCACGAGUGGGUUUCCCAAAUACUGAAUCGAUACUAAUGUGAUGGUUCUGCAAAGUAAAGAAUGCAUUUAUGUAUAGUGAUGACAAAUACUUUAUACAGAAAAAAAUUACAGUGCUGGAGAUAUUUCUUUCUUUCUAGAAAAAAAUUGUUAAAAAUGUAAGAGGAAACAAUUUCACUAUAAUGUAUUUUCAUUUAUAUAAGAGUAAUAAGUUUUGAGAUAGACAUGAUGAAUAUUUUUUGUGUGAAGUGUUUGGUGAAGUGAACUCUUUAUAUGUCAACAGAGGGAGAAAAAUAGAGUAUUCUUGGAAUUUUUAAUUUUUUCAAGAUACAUAUGUUUGUUGUUUUCAGUUCAUGUUGUCAACAUAUAUAAGUAUAUUUGGAAAUAUUUAUGAUUUUUUGAUUUGAGAACACUUUCCUUCUUUUUUUUCUUUGAAUCCUUUUUGUUGUGUAAAUAGGCCUUGAAUAUCAGUAUUUCAGGUCAGGUAUUUCAGAGCUUCAAAGUGAGCAAUAGGAAAUUAAAAGAGUUGGGCAAGCAUUGCAUUGCGUAUAAGCACAUACCUAUUUCAGUGUGAUGAUUCUGCACUAGUAACUUUGUACCUAUAAAGAUUUGUCAUUUGUGUUUAAAUCUAUAUUACAUGGUGCAAAAAUAUUCAUUUCAGUACUGUUGUUUCAGAGAUCAACAUGAAAGAAAUGCAUUUAGUAUGGUGCUAGCACAAAAAUUGAAUUGCAAAUAAAAUGACAUUUGCUUUUACAGUAAUCAUUUCUGAAACACUGUCACGGGAAAUGCAUUGUGUUUUCUUGUGUACAAGAGAUGAUGAGUGAGCCUCCGAGAUAGCUUGAAUGAGAAAACUUUCCAUUCCAAUGACUAGGACAUUUUGGAAAUGUUUAGCAAGUAAUAAUCUCAUACUGGGUUCACAUUGUAUAACUAAAUAUACAUGUGUCAGUGUUGUGUAUUAUUAUCUUCAAAUGAGGCCUGUUGGAAUUUCUUUUGAAUUUUAUAAUGAAGUGCAUUUAUUAGUGUAUAUGGGGUCAGAUAAGAACUGUCUUAUAGCUACCAAAGAACAAGUUGUCUUUUGAACAAAGAGAAGGUACUAUUCUUAGGACAGAGUGGCUGUUGUGCUAGCAGUUGUAAGAACUGAUAAAGAGAGUAUGUAUGAAACUAUGUAAAUUGAAUCAUUAAAGUUGAAGUUUGAACCCA